CAGUUGAGUUUCUGUCUCCCAUCUCAGGACCUCUGGACUUCGAGGCCUACAGUGCGGCUGCCCUGCAGGAAGCAAUGAAACGUUUGCGGGGAGCCAAGGCCUUCCGCCUUCCGGGACUCAGCCGGCGGGAGCGGGAGCCAGAGCCACCUGCAGCUGUAGAUUCCCUGGAGCCUGAUUCAGGGACAUGUCCAGAGGUGGAUGAUGAAGGUUUCACUGUCCGGCCCGACGUGACCCAGAACAGCACGGCCGAGCCCUCCCGUUUCUCAUCCAGCGACUCCGACUUCGAUGAUGAAGAGCCCCGCAAGUUCUACGUGCACAUCAAGCCUGCCCCGGCCCGGGCUCUGGCCUGCAGCUCCGAGGCCGCAGCGGCACAGCUCAGGGCCACCGCAGGCAGCCUCAUCCUUCCUCCCGGCCCAGGGGGCACCAUGAAACGCCAUUCUUCACGUGAGUAGCCUUCGGUCUUGAGUGGGGAGGAUGCGAAGGUCGGGAGGCUGUGGGUGUGGACUUGAAUCCUAGCUCUGUUGUGUGACUUGGGUCAGGCUGCUUAACCACUCUGAUCUUCAGUCUCCUUUUCUGUAAAAUGAGGUCAUUAUGAAAUUAAACGAGAGCUGAAAGGGGUAGUUGGGGCCAGGAGGAGCUGACAUCUGGAGACAGGCUGACUCAGGCUUGAAUCUGGAUGGCGCUGAACCUCAGUCCCCUGGUCUGUAGAGUGGGGAGCAUUGCAGACUCAAAG